GUUAGCAAUCAUGUUUAUGGGAAAAGUGCUCUGCCGUGUGACUCCACGUCAAUUGAUGGCGUCGCGAUUGAUCGCCAGCUCGAUGCUCCGCCGUGACGUCAAGACACCGAUUCAGGAAUGGGGAUGGACGUACCUUCAGCGUCAGAAGGCCCUUGGACGACCUAUUGCGCCACAUCUCACAGUUUAUAAGCCUCAACUCACUUGGAUGGUUUCUGGCUUCCACCGUGUAACGGGAUGUGCAAUGGCUGGUACGCUGCUCAUAGGAGGGGUCGGUUUCGCUUUGGCGCCGUUCAACUUCACACAGUUUGUCGACUACAUCCGGAGUUGGCAUAUUCCACCAGUGGUCACCUCGGUUUUCAAGUUUGUCAUCGCAUUCCCCAUUGUUUUCCAUACACUGAAUGGAAUCCGUUUCAUCGGCUUUAUCUACAAGAGCGGCUACUUAGUGCUCGGUUUGUCGUUCAUCAUCGCGGCAGCAGUUGUGAUAAACGCCUGGCCAGUCCACAAGAAAGAAGAAUGCCACUAA